UCUGAUUAGUCUCUAAGUGCAAUGCCAAAAUUACGAAACGGAGUCAGAUUUAACUCCAGCGUUACCUUGACCUUUAAGUGCUCAGUAACCUCCGUCGGUGAACGGCGCCACUCGAUCGUUGCCUUAUUUUGAUGUGAGGUGCUCUCAAAAGGUGACAUUAUGAAAUCAGAAGAACUUAUUCGCUUGAAAAGUUACUUUCUUAAGAAUUCCCGUGUUAAGGAUUUCUCUGGUUAUGGGGGGAAAAUACAUACACUUGGGUGGAAUAGCAGUGGGUCGAGAUUAGCAUCUGGAUCAUCUGACAAGCUUGUAAAUAUAUACUCACUGGAGUCCACAAGAUUAACAAAAGUACAUAGUUUCCGAGGACAUAAUGAAAGCGUAGACCAACUUUGUUGGCACCCAUCAGAUAAUGAUGUUGUUGCAACUGUGGGUGCAGAUAGUGCUAUUCGUUUGUGGGACUGUCGGACCAAAAAAGAUCCAAUCACAGCACAAUGUAAAGGGGAGAACAUUAAUUUGGCAUGGUCACCGGAUGCACGUUACAUCGCUGUUGGUAGCAAAACAGAUUUGGUUUCAUGGUUUGAUUUGCGUGCUGGUUUCAAAGUGGUACAGGCGGAACAGUUCACUUCAGAAAUUAAUGAAUUCGCCUGGAACCCUAGCGGGGAAGCGUUUCUUUUAACUACUGGUCUUGGAAGUAUAUUAGUCUACAGUGGGAAACCAGGUGACAUGAAACGUGAAGCAAGUAUCCAAGCUCACCCAGUCAAUGCAAUGUGUCUUCAAUUUUCACCAACAGGUCAUCAAUUUGCUGUUGGUAGUGCAGAUGCUCUGGUGUCCAUUUGGGAUGCAGAUGAAUUUGUUUGCCUACGUACAUUAUCUCGCUUAGAAUGGCCAGUACGCACUUUGGGAUUCUCUUAUGAUGGCAAGUUAAUUGCUGCAGCUAGCGAAGAUCAUUUCAUUGAUAUUGGCCAUGUACAAACAGGUGAACAAGUCUAUCAAGUUGGGACACAUGCAUCGGCUACAUUUGUACUUGCUUGGCAUCCUCGACAGUAUUUGUUGAGUUAUUCAAGUGAAGCGAAAUACGAACGAGAUCAAGGUGUUAUUCGAUUAUUUGGUUUAGUGAAUGAUGAUUUAUAAAGAUUUUUGGUAUGAACAUAAAGAGUAGUGAAAGCGUAAUGAUGAAAACAACAUCAGAAAAUAACCUCUUAUUUGUAAAUUGUAUAGAAUUGUAUAUUCUUAAUGCAAAUAUUUAUAAUGAAAACUGUUGUAGAUUCAUUAAAAACACAUGUAUAAUGUUA